AAUUACACAGCUGUUUCAUCGGCAGUGCUAUCUGUUUACAAUUUUACAACAGUUUUCCAAAAAUUCAUGUAAAAUUUUAAAUUGUUUCCAGUUAGUGUGAACAAAACCUGGUUUAAACCUGUUUCCGCAAACAAAGAAAAUGACCGUCGAGGAUCGUGUUGUCGCUCGAUUAAACAAAGAGCUGGGAUCCGAUUUUGGUGCGCUGAGCAAAAGUGCCAACCUGGUGCAAGUAUUGCGGUCGGAUUUGGAAAGACACACCCGUCGAUUGACGCUUGCCGAAGAGGAAUGCUCUCCGGAGUUGAAAAAUGCUCUGCAGUCGUGUGCCUGGAAAAGCACCGAGCUGGAAGAAGCUGCCGAAAAUUUGGACGCAUUCGAAGAAAAGUUAAACGAGAAAAGAGAACGUCACCGUGAGCUGCUGUCUAAAAUCGACAACCACCUGGCGAAGAUAAGCAAGUUGCAAAACAUGAAGGAGUACUUCAUGAUUUUGCUGGACAUUUUUAGCAUCAGCCAAGAAUUGACGAAUUCCGUGAAUGGUAAAGAUGAAAACAAAACGAUUAGCUUGUACGUGGCUUUGAGUGGGAGUCUUGCCAAUAGUAUACUGGACAGGGUGACUGGUGUGGAGGCCCCUCAUUUGAAAAAGUUUGCCAGGGAAACGGCUUUUUACUGGCAUGAUAUUUUGAAGGAUAAAUUCGGUAAAGAGUUCGAAGCAGUGCUGAAGAACAUCAAAUGGCCCAAUUUGAACCAGUCACUCGAACAGUUUAAUCCUUCGAAGGAAAACAUUAACAAGCUCACCACCUUGGGGGAGUACUUGUUUCUGGUUAAGGUUCCCGGGGAUCAGAGCUUGCUCAGCGUUAAGUUAACACCGUCGAUCAUUUGUCCGCCGUUCACUGCUCCGGUGGCGUUGCUGUUGAAACCAUUCCGGUUACGAUUUCAGUAUCAUUUCACCGGUAAUAAGCAGACUAACCGGCUGGACAGGCCGGAAUGGUAUCUGACGCAGAUCCUGUCCUGGGCCAAGGAGAAUCAUGUUUUUGUUGGGCAGAAUUUUCAGUCGGCGGCCCUCAAAGCGGGUGUUACUAAUCAUAACGUGCGGUUGGAAUUCAUACGUGGUCUAGUUCAGUUGGCAAUUGCAAAGCUGGUUGAAGACAUCGAUACCAUAUGUCAGGAGGAAGCUCUGCUGGCCCAUAUUAUUGAUGAGGUUCUUGCGUUUGAGCAGGAGUUGAAAUCCACCCUGGGCUAUCCAAGCAGUUUGCCGAGCACCAUAGCGGUUCUGGUUCAGCCCAAGUACUUGGUCAAGUGGAUGGCGAUUGAGGAAAAAUUCACCACUAAUAAAAUGGAUGCGAUGUUCAACGACAGUGCAGAACCUUGGCGUUUUCUAGAUCCUGCCAAUUUGGAUGAUAUGAAAAUUCCGAAAUGUGCGGACCAGUUUAUCAGACUUUUGGACGCGAUUAGAGAACGAUAUUGUGCACUGCCACAGCCGGGUCAACAGCUACAGUUUUUGGAACUGCAGCUUGAGUUAAUUGAUAACUUCCGUCGCCGAUUGGUUCAACUGCACAAUAGUCCUGGGGCUGAUAAUGUUAGUUCUACCAAGAUUUUGAACGCCAUCAAUUACAUUACCUCAGUGUUGCGGGAGUGGGGUGAAAAUGUACACUACCUGCAUCUGCAUGCGGCUCUGUAUGGCCCCGAUGCGGAUGAGGUAAGUUCGGUGUUUGAUAAAACUACUGACGAAUUGGAGCACUGGCAGAGGUCACUGGUGAAGGAUUUGUCAACCAGAGUUGUCGAUGAGGUUAGGGCCAAAUCUCGGCCCUAUCGACACGACCAUUGGCCAACGAUGAACCAGCUGGACACGAAGGAAACGUUUAUGCUGUCCACUUCGGCUAGUGAAAUGUUCCAGACGGUGGUGAAUCAUCUGCACCAGCUGGAGAGCGAACUGUCGGCGAAUGUUUUCUCGUUAGUUGUGCGAUUAAUUGCGCUCCAGCUGGACGAGUGGAUCAUAGACGAGAUGGUGAUGAACACGAAGUUCUCCACCGGUGGUGCAGCGCAGUUUCAGUUCGACAUGACGCGUAAUUUGUUCGCGUUGUUCGGUCAAUACGCACGGAAGCCGAAUUUGCUGUUUAAAAGGAUACACGAUGCGUGUUUAUUGCUCGUCCUGCCACUAGGAUCGGCCAUGCUGCUGCACGAUGCCUUAGGAAAGGAACAGUCAGAGGAAACGAUAGCCAGCACAUUGAAGGAGUUCGGCAUUUUAAUACUAAACAAAAAGAUGAUCCUGGAAGUGCUGGAGAGGCGAAAUGAUAUCAUACAUUCCUAGGUGGAGUGGAACGCGUUUUUACUCGGCUUGUGAUGCGACGCGAAAUGCUAAAUCCGGUAUUGCACCAUAAAAUGCACACAGUUUAUAUUGUCA